AUGGAGCGCCCCGCGCAGGAAGGGGAUGCCCAAGGCGUAUACCAGCUGGCCACACUGCUGCUGGAGCUGGACGUGGACGAUGAGACAUCGCGCCUCCUGGUGGCCGACUGCCUGUACUGCCUGGGCCGCCUGGAGGAAGCCCACAGGUGCUUGCUGGUGGCCCUCUCGCGGAGGCCCCAGGCAGGCCCUGUGCUGGCCAGGCUGGCCCUGCUGCAGCUGCGGAGGGGCUUCUUCUAUGAUGCCAACCAGCUGGUGAAGAAGGUGGUCCAGUCCGGAGACACGGCCUGCCUGAAGCCCACCCUGGACAUCUUCUGCCCUGAGGACAGACAGCUCUUGAGACACCACUGCCACACCCGGGCCUUGAGCAUCCUGCGGGCACGGCCAGGUGGGGUGGACAGCGAGGCCCACACCAGGGAGGCCAUCGCCUACCUCUCUCUGGCCAUCUUUGCCGCAGGGAGUGAGGCCAGCGAGCCCCUCCUCACCCGAGCCCGCUGCUAUGGGCUCCUGGGCCAGAAGAAGACCGCCAUGUUUGACUUCAAUUCCGUGCUGCGGGCAGAGCCAAGGAACGUGCAGGCUCUGUGCGGACGGGCUCUGGUGUACCUGGCGCUGGACCAGCUGCAGGAGGCUGUAGAGGACAUCGUCUCUGCUCUGAAGCUCAACCCAGAGCUCGUGGUCCCUGAGAUCCGCUCUCUAAAGCCAGAAGCCCAGGCGCUCCUCACCCGGGGCCUCUACACGCACUGCCGGGCCCUGCUGGGCCAGCGGGUGGGCGCGAGCGCCCCCUGCGAGGACGAGGACUCCAGGGGCCUCCUGGUUGUCGGGGAAGCACUUGUCAGAGUCGAUGCUGCCCAGCCAGCCUGGCACGUCCUGCUCACAGACAUCCUGACAGCACUGGGCAGCUACGAGGAGGCUGGUGCCCGCCUGCGGGAAGCCCUGAGCCCCCCUCCACCGCCAGAGGCGGCCCAGGCCCGGCGGGGUUUGCUUCGGCUGAAGACGGGACAAGAUGUGCCAGCAGCUGCUCGGGACCUGCAGCGCCUGGCAGAGACCGAUGCCCCUGAUCUCCAGUUCCUGCUGCGUCUCCUGGAGGCCCCGGAGCGACAGAGCCUCGCUCAGGCUGCAGCCCAGGAAGCCAGCGCCCUCCUGAAUGCAGGGCGCCCCGCGCAGGCCCUGGGCUACUGCUCCUUAGCUGUCCUGGCGGAUGGUGGCCCUGCUCACCUGCGCCUUCGCGCCUCCUGCCUAGCCCAGCUGCAGGAGUUUGGCAGGGCGCUCCGGGACCUGGACCGUGUGGUCCAGGACGGCGCCGGGGACGGAGACCUGCCGACUCGCACAGAGGACCUCUGCUCCCGAGGCCACCUGCUGCUGAGCCUCGGAGAUGAGGACGGGGCCGCAAGAGCCUUUGCCCAGGCCCUAGAGCUGUCACCCACCCAGACCCAGGGCCGUCUGCUGGAGCGGCCAGGUCGGACGCGCGUGGCCCAUGCGUUCCUACGUCUGGGACAGCGCUGUCUGGAGGGGCAGUGCUUCGAGGAGGCCUGGGCAGCCGCUCAGAAUGGGCUCCUGAUCGACCCUGAACACAGCGGGCUGAGGAGGCUGAAGGCAAGGGCACGGACGGAGGCAUCCUCUGGCUGUCACUGGACCGCCACGUCCCGGAUUCUCUCCACCAAGCAGCCUGCUGUCAUUCACGCCAGCUGGAGGGACCGCAAACAUCACCGGAGCUGCCGCAGAAUUCCUCCACUGAUCUCAGCAGUACGGCUGCGGCCGCAGGACCCAGGGACCCUGGUGGGCCGAGAGGCCUGUGCUCUCCCGGGACUCACUGUGUCCAUAGGCCUGACCGUGUCCUUCCUUCCCAUUGGCAUCCAGAUGCCCAGCCCUGUGGGUCUCCCACUGCCGCCCACUACUGCCCACUGCCUGUAUGAGAAGAUAGAGGAGUGGGGCCCAGCUGCGCACCGCCGGGCGGCUGCCUGA